AUGAAUGAGAAUGUGUACAGUCUGCUUCAAGAACACCGACUGGAUGAAUACUCCAAAAAGUUUCUUGACCUUGGAGUCAAGGAUGCAAAAUAUUUAGUUGAUGGAAUCACCGCUGAACAGUUGAUGAGUAUCGGCUUGUCUUCAGUGGAGAAGAAUCGAUUUAGAAGAAUGCAGGAACACAUAAAAGAACUUGGACCCGUCAGUGAACCUGUCAUGCAUCAAGUAACUCACAAGACGAGCCCAGAGCUCAAAUAUCCAGAGCCCAGAUAUCCAGAGCCCAGAUAUCCAGAGCCCAAAGAGAGCAGUCACCAGGUGGUGAUGAGGGAGGACACGAGACACAAGUUCAUCCUCAGCACCUUCGGAACCACAACCUACUGCUCUGUCUGCAGGGACCACAUCUGGGGUCUCACCAAGCAAGGAUACAAGUGCACAAUGUGCAGUGCGGCUUUCCAUAAGAAGUGUGUUGAUAAGAUCACCGAGAAAUGCACUGAAGCAAACAGAGGCACAGUGAUUGACAAGCCACAUCGUUUUAACCCUCACAACUACAAGGUCCCCACCUACUGUGCCCACUGCGGAGGCCUGUUGGCGGGUUUAUACCAACAGGGAUGCAGGUGUGACUACUGUACAAUGGAUGUUCACGCUGUGUGUCAGAAGAAAGUGGCCAAACCAUGCAUCAAUUAUUGGGGCCUACCACAUGCGUCAAUCAUUAGUGACUAAGCCAUGCAUCAAUUAGACACUCCCAUCAGAGGCUCAGAGGCUCUCCCCAUGCUCACUAGCGCCCCCUCUGGCUGACCCAGGGACUGCAGAUGCACAUUAGCUUCUGUGCUCUAAUCUGCCUCAGUACACUGUGCACUGUCCCUCUCAAAUAAAUAAAUACAUAAAUAAAUACAUAAACAUAUAAACAUAAUAACAUGUAUAAAUGUUACUGAAUGUCCUUCAGUCCUAGACCAGGCAGGCCUGGGCUGUAUUUUAAUUAGAUGUAUCUGAUACACAUAUUAAUUACUUUAGCGUAUUUUGUCAUUUACUUUGCAGGAUUGGAAAAAACACUUUGAUGUAUUUAGAGUAAAUCUGUCAUUUUCUUUCUCAAAUUAGCCAAAAUGUCAUCACUCAGUUUUGAUUCAAAUACCUAUAGACCUUCAUAUAAUAUUGCUUUUACCUUCCUUUUCAAGAAAUGCAUUUGUUUGGCUGGUCUGGCAAGAAUUGUUUUAAUAGCGAACAACGCCGUUUGGCUUUCUCACACGAAACACUGUUCAUUAAUAAAACAAUUUGCGUAAAAUGUUCACGUUUGCGCGUCGUCUGCUAAUAAAAAUCAUUCUUGACAGACCAGUGUGUGGUGAUGAUAUCUAUUUUGAAAAUCAAAAAAUGUGAAAACUGCUUUUGCUUUUAUUUUGCAUCUUGCUUUCCAAAACGUGCCUUUGCGUCAUGGACCUUACGGCAGA